AUGGCGACCGGAACAUGUACAUACAACGAGUGCUUCUAUGAUAUUUUCACAAAAAACUGCAGAUUCUUCACAAUUGAGUCAUGCCCAUACAUACAAGAAACAAGCCUAAAAUCCUACAAACUAGGGAACGUACUAAGCAUAUCAGGACGCAGAGGCUCAGGGAAAACAAUGCUCAUAUCGCACAUAAUAUAUGACCUGAUCAAUACAAGGGAUCUUAACGGGAAAAUAGUACUAAUAGACACUGAACUAGGAUUCAAAUACGAACACUUAAAGAAAAUGUUGGAUUCUUCGGUAUGUAGUACAAUGAACUCAAGUAAGUUUAACGCAGACGAGAUAAUAUAUAGGAAUUUCCUGUAUCUGCCGGCUAGAGACUUAGAUGAGUUUGCAACAAUUCUAAACUGUUUGGAAGCAUGUUUGGCAAGUCACAGACUGUAUAUACACUGCCUAGUAAUCGAUUCGCUAUUUGGGCUGUACAAGAGACUGGCGCAGGACAAGCAUCAGUUCAACAAAUUGGCCGGAGAGAAAUUGAACUCCAUAGUGAAAAUGUGCAGGAAGAAUUCGGUAUUCCUAAUUUACACGAACGACAUUGAGUCCAAUUUUGAAAAAAAACACUUUUAUGUUGAUCUGAAAAGCACAACUGCCGAGAGGGAGGGCGAUCAGUCGGUGAAGGUUGAAGACGAGGUGCUACAAACUCCAGUACGCAAGCGCCCAAAUGAACACACACUGGAUGAUAUGCUGUUCUUCAACGACAUGCUGCUUUCCUACGAAAGCGUCAACUCAAACGAAUAUAAGAUUGACCAGUGGAGUAACGACCAAGCCAACGAACACAUGCUUAAAAAGGAGAAUAACAAGGAAGCGGAAGUCUACGAGUGGGACAAAGUAAGAAUAAAGGGCUCGAUACCAGGAAGCUGGAUAUCAAAGGAGCCAAGUCAGAGCAAACCAGAGAAACAAAUGGAGAUUUUUAUGUCAUCCUCAAGAAAUUUAGAAAGGAACUACAUAACGUUCGUAUCCAAAGACGGUAGAACCAGGAGUCAACAUAUAGACAAGAGUAAAGAAAAGCCUGAAACUGGAGAAUUGAGUACGGGAGAGCAGAUAAAAGAAUCGACAGGAAAAAGGAAGAGGGAAUCGCAGAAGCACAAAAUUAAAUUCAGAGAAGAAACACACAGAAACAAAAUAGACGGAAAGGAAGAAAGGGCGGAAGAGGAAAGCAAGGAAAACGAACACUCCCUAGGAGAAGAGAUACUGUCCGAACACAAUUUCAGAGUUUACAGAAUCGACGAGCAAUGUACAUACAAAGAAUGUAGUUACGAUUUCUCGAACUUUCUUUAA